AUGGACAAAGUUGCGAAACUUGAGUCAGGUUCAACUACUAACAUUGCAUCUAAUACCGUCUCACAAGUGCUACAGGAGACUUUUGAGCGUGAAAGAUGUUCUUAUAAUGUACUUGCUUAUGGUGUCACAGAGUCACUUUCUUCAAAUAUUGCUGAACGUAUUAAAAACGACAAGGAAACUUUUCAAAAAUUACUCGAAGAAAAUUCGAUUGAGCCCUCUCAUGGCUCCAAAUAUUUUCGGCUCGGUAAAGCUCGUUCUGAUUAUGUCCGCCCUCUCAAAGUUAUUUUUACUUCAAAAGAAGAUGCAACUAAACUAAUUAUGUCCUUUGCUGAGUUAAAAAACCAAGGGGUAUCAAUUACACAGGGAUUUCGAGUUGUCAAGGACAAGACCAAACUCCAACGGGAACUACUAAAAUCAUGCCACUCGGAAAUUGACCAUAGGACUAGCAAUGGUGAAUCUGGGCUUUCCAUCAAGUAUGUUAACGGUUCUCCGAAAGUGAUCUCGAAUGGGUCAAAAAACGGUGUUCACCCUCGGCGACUAACCGAUCCGAAGUCCAACGCCCAAAUCAACUAG